UCUUCUUCGCUCUUGCUGGCCGUGGUUGUCGGACACAUGUCGCUCGGCGAGUCCGUUGCCAGUUCGGGGCAUAAAUCCGACGCCGAUUGGUGGCAACGGACGGUGUUCUACCAAAUCUAUCCGCGCUCGUUCAUGGACUCCGACGGUGAUGGUGUGGGCGAUUUGCGAGGCAUAACGACCCGUUUGGCACACCUCAAGGACGCUGGUAUCGGAGCGACCUGGCUAUCGCCCAUCUUCCGGUCACCGAUGGUCGAUUUCGGGUACGACAUCGCCGAUUACACCGCCAUCCAGCCCGAGUACGGUACGAUGGCUGACUUCGAAGCACUGGUGGCCGAAGCAACCCGGCUCGGUAUCAAAAUCGUGCUGGAUUUCGUGCCCAACCACACAAGCGACCAGUGCGAAUGGUUCCAGCGGUCAGUUGCUCGCGAGGAACCGUACACCGAGUACUACGUGUGGCACGAUGGCCGCGAGGAUCCAUCCAACCCCAACGGGACGCGCCUACCACCGAAUAAUUGGCAAUCGGUGUUUUACGGGUCAGCGUGGACGUUCCAUCCGGUACGUGGUCAGUACUAUCUGCACCAGUUCACCGCCCAGCAGCCGGAUCUGAACUUUCGCAACCCAGCCGUGGCGGAAGAAAUGCGCACCGUGCUGCGGUUUUGGUUGGGCAAAGGAGUGACCGGUUUCCGGAUUGACGCCGUGAAUCAUCUAUUCGAGGUGGAUGGCUUCCCGGACGAACCGGAAACGGGCACCGAUCGGGAUCCGCUUUCGUACGGCUUCACGCACCACAUCUACACGAAGGAUCUGCUCGAAGACUACGACAUGGUGUACCAGUGGAGGCGCUUGCUGGAUGAUUGGACACACGAACAUGGUGGUGCCAGCCGCAUCAUUAUGACGGAAGCGUACGCUAACAUCACCUUCACGAUGCGGUACUAUCGAUCUGGGGAGGAUUUGAGCUCACGGCCCGGCUCACACAUGCCAUUCAACUUUCUGCUUAUCACCGACCUGAACCGGGACUCCACGGCGCAAGACUUUGUGUUCACGAUCAACAAAUGGCUCACGUACAUGCCACGAGGUGCCACGGCUAACUGGGUCCUCGGGAACCACGAUCAAUCACGAGUUGGUACACGGUACGGUGCGGAACGGAUCGAUGCCAUUCACACGCUGUUGCUUACGUUGCCUGGAAUCGCGGUCACGUACUACGGUGAGGAGAUCGGUAUGCUGGACAACCCGGAUGCGAUCAGCGAUCAGGGUGAUGCCGUGAGUGGUGGCCAAUCGGAUGCGUUUAUCGUGUUUUCGCGCGAUCCUGAAAGGACUCCGUUUCAGUGGGAUGCGACGGUUAAUGCGGGUUUUUCGAGCGGUCCGUCCACGUGGUUGCCAGUGCACCCGAACUACCGGGAGUUGAAUCUGGCCGCUCAGAAAAGCGCCGAAAGGAGCCACUUCAAAACGUACCAGGCGUUGGUGAAGCUGCGUGGCCACGAAACGCUGUGCAAGGGUUCGAUUCAGCUUGUUCCGUAUUCGAACAGCAUUGUGACGUAUCUACGUGAGCUUCAGGACAGUGACACGUUCGUGGUGGUGAUCAACCUGGCUGGCAUCGACUGUACGGUUGAUUUAGUGUCCGUGUUUCCGAGACUUCCGGCGGAACUGACGAUCGCAUCGAGCGCUUCCGGUUCCGGUUAUCGCGUAGGGGACGUCGUCCAAUCAGACCGGCUGAUCGUGACUGGAUACGAUGGGCUGGUGCUGCAAGGCGUGCCAUUGACGACGAGACCGAGAAAGAGAGAGAGAGCGAGCGGCACGACACUGGAUGUCCUUUGGCAGGCGACGAAGGACGCCGCCGUAAUUGCGUCCAUCAUAAUUGCACUCGGCACCGGCUACUACCGGCUUCAUCCAGCUCAGCCCCUCGGCAAGUGGGCUGGUAGUUUGAAAAAAUAAUACCAUCUCUUCAGUCGGACUUCCACUCCGUGAAUGGCCAAACAAGGGGACACUCGCGCCAAUGUCGGAUGGGAGCUUGUCAUGGUGUUAUUUUGUUUUUGUUCUUGCCUUUUUUCUCGCUUACAUCCGGACGGAGAAAACGCUGACACACAAGGUCCUUGCAAGUCAAAUAAUCAUUAUUGCUCAUUUCUUUGUGC